CCUCUCCUUCUAGCUCUUGCAAACUCUGAAUUUUCUAACAUGGGAAAUACAGGGUGUGAACCUUUACACAUUUUCUUGUUCCCCAUAAUGGCUCAUGGCCAUAUCAUACCCGUCAUUGACAUGGCCAAAUUGUUUGCUUCAAGAGGUGUCAAGGUCACCAUAGUCACCACACCCUUCAAUAUUCCUCUCAUUUCGAAAGCCAUAGAGCAAUCCAAAACCCAACAUUGCAACAACAACAACAACAUUCAUAUCAAAGCCAUCAAGUUCCCUUCUCAAGAGGUUGGUUUACCCGAAGGAUGCGAACACAUGGACUCGGUCCCUGCUGAUCUAGUUCCUGCAUUCUUCAAUGCUAUUAGGCUCCUACAAGAGCCUUUUGAACAGCUAAUGUAUCAGCAACGUCCAAAUUGCAUUGUCACUGACCAUUUUUUCCCAUGGUCAACCGAUUCCGCUGCGAAAUUUGGUAUUCCCAGGCUCGUGUUCCAUGGUAUUAGCUUCUUCUCUUUGUGUGCUUCUGAACUAAUGAGUCUCCACGAGCCUUACAAGAGUGUCUCUUCUGACUCUGAGUUAUUCGUGAUUCCUCAUCUUCCUGGUGAAGUUAAAAUGACAAGGUUGCAAGUGUCGGAAUUCUUUAGCAAUGAUGCGGAAACAAAUAAUUUUAACAUGUUCAUUAAGGAAGUCAAGGAAUCAGAUUUAAGAAGCUAUGGUGUGAUUGGUAAUAGUUUCUAUGAGCUUGAGCCGGACUACGCAGAUUACUACAGAGAGGUUCUUGGAAGAAAAGCAUGGCAUAUAGGCCCGUUUUCGCUAUGCAAUCGCGAAAAGGAAGUGAAAACAUACAGAGGAAAAGAAGCCUCUAUUGAUGAGCAUGAGUGCUUGAAGUGGCUUGGCAAGAAAGAAAUUAAUUCAGUUGUUUAUGUGUGCUUUGGAAGCAUGGACAAAUUCCCUGAUUCUCAGCUUCGAGAAAUCGCGGUGGGACUUGAGGCAUCAGGGCAGAACUUCAUUUGGGUGGUGAGGAGAAAAACCAAAGAAGAUGGAGAUGAAUGGCUACCGGAAGGAUUUGAGAAGAGAAUUGAAGGAAAGGGACUAAUCAUUAGAGGUUGGGCACCCCAAGUGCUGAUUCUUGAACAUGAAGCGAUUGGAGCGUUUGUGACUCAUUGUGGAUGGAAUUCAACAUUAGAGGGAGUGAGUGCUGGAGUACCCAUGGUCACUUGGCCUCUGAGUGCAGAGCAAUUUUACAAUGAGAAGUUGGUGACACAUGUCCUGAAAAUUGGGGUACCUGUUGGUGUUAAAAAAUGGACUAUGUUUACGGGGGAUGGUACUAUUAAGUGGGAUGCAAUGGUGAAGAGUUUGAAAAGGAUUAUGGUAGGAGAGGAAGCAAAGGAAAUGAGGCUCAAAGUGAAAAUGCUUGCUCAGAAGGCAAGGAGGGCUGUGGAAGAUGGGGGAUCAUCAUCCUUGCAGUUGGAUGCUCUAAUUGAAGAGUUGGGUUCACUACCCCACUAGUGCAUCCCAUAAGAUUAAGGUGCAUUUGUCUCUUGAUGAAUAGUCAAACAUAAAAAAGUAGAGAUGAACUUUUUAGUUGACUGAUUAUUAGUGGACUCAUUGUAGGGAGAAUGUAAGGUAUGAAUUUGGAUUAAUUCCAAUA